AUGGACAUCCCAUUGUCGUACAUAUUCAACUUGCCCGAGCGGCCGCGCGACUUGUCGCUCGGCGACCACCUAGCUAAGCAUAUCACCGACAAUGGCAAGUUCCAGACAUUGAUCGACUGUCUGCCAGCGUCGAACAAGCGCGCACUCAUCUCGCCGGACCUUAACAGGCCGCCACUUACGCAUAAAAUGUUGCGCGACUUUGUCUCCAAUUUCGUCCUUCCGACCUCGGGCCGCACCCAUGCGCUUGCGCCCAAUGAUCGUAUUAUGAUGGCUCUGCCGACCGGCCCUGAAAAUGCACUUGCUUUGCUUGCCGUGUCGUCCUACUUUGCCGUCGCUCCUGUAAAUUCAAGCUGUACCGCCGAUGAACUGCGCGAGGAUGCGCUCCGCCUGGGCGCGCGCGCCGUUAUCUCGACGCGCGAUGCAGCCGAUCGUCUCCAGCUGCACGAUUUAUACUACCAACACGGACUCGAGAUCUACUUUGUCGAUGGCUUUACGAGCGGUCCCGCCGGUGUUUUUGAAGUAUCCACGCUCGGCGAGGAAGUUGCGGGGAGCCGCUCUGUCGGCCCGCCACCACCAAAUGGCUUGAAUAGCCAGUGUUUGGUCCUGCAUACGUCGGGCACGUCGGGCACGAAAAAGGUGGUGCCUUACUCGCUACGUGACCUGAUUGUGGGCGCUGCCUGUGUUAUGGAGAGCUGGCAGCUUACCCCUGACCAGGUGGACAUGAACAUGAUGCCUCUCUUCCACGUCGGCGGCAUUGUGCGUAAUUUGUGGGCGCCUGUGAUUUCCGGUGGCAGCACUAUUCUUUGCAGUGGUUUCGAUGCCAAUGCAUGGUGGCCGCUCGCAAUGCAGCUCGGUGCGACGUGGUACUAUGCUGCGCCCACGAUGCACCACGCCAUCUUGAUGUCCAAGCCCGCCGAGGUCGAUCCUGCCUCGCAGCUCAAGAUUCGUAUGAUUUGCAAUGCUGCAGGCGGUCUGCUCCCCUCACUGGCCAGCCAACUGCGCGCAACAUUUAACUGCACUGUUCUUCCUUCGUACGGUAUGACUGAGUGUAUGCCCAUUGCAUCGCCACCCAUAAACUACGAACUCGACCGUCCAGGCACCUCGGGCAUUGCCUGUGGUCCCUACCUCAGCAUUCGCGACCCGUCCAACCUCGAGGAGGAAUGCCCCAUCACCAAGACGGGCAAUGUUUGUGUCGCUAGCCUUCCUACGUUUAGCGGCUACGAAGUGUUUCAGAAUGGCGCCGCCUCGCUCGACACCUCUGUCUUUACUUCCCAAGGCUGGUUCGACACGGGCGACUGUGGCCACAUGGACAAGGACGGAUACCUCUACAUUACCGGUCGCUCGAAAGAGAUUAUCAACAAGGGUGGUGAGGUUGUCUCUCCGUUUGAGGUCGAAGAAGCCAUCAUGCAGGCGUGCGGCGAUCGCGUUAAACAAACGCUUGCUUUUUCCGUCGAGCACAAGGUACUGCAGGAAACCAUUGGUGUCGUGAUUGUCCCUCAGCCAAACCACCCCCGCAUCGGCUUGGCGGAGCUGCAGAAUGCGCUGCGAAAUCACUUGCACCCUUCGAAGUGGCCUUUUGUGAUUGUAUAUAUGAAUGAUGUGCCCAAGAACCAGGCUGGCAAGCCGCUGCGUAUAAAACUCGGCUCGCGUCUCGGCAUUGGCUCCCUUUCGGACGAUGUACCAGCGCUGGACAGGCAUUUUGAGGCCAAGACCCCUAGCAAGGAAGCGCCCCUAUCGAAACCCAUUCCGUGUUCGCGCAUUAAUGUUGACGUGCGCGCUGUACAGCGUGCAUGCUACCGUAUUCCCGGCGUUCUCGACGCCGCCGUUGUCCAGCAGCGCGAUCGUGCUCCGAUGGCCUUUCUCCAAGUCCAGGAGGACGCCGGAUUUGAUGCAGCUGAUAUCGACCGCGCCUUGAGCCAAAUCUUGCACGGCUACGUUGUUCCUAACCCUCUCCACGUAUUUCGCCAGCCACUGAUCAAGACGAAUGGCCAGUACGACUUUGAUGCGAUGGAGAGCAUUGUGCGCGAACAGAAUGCAGCAAGCAUGUCGCACACUUCUAUCCUUGUCCGUGAUGUUAUUGCCAAGCUCCUGGACCUUGAUUCCGGCUCAAUUACCGACGAAUCCGACUUUUUCCUGCUGGGCGGCAACAGUCUCUUGCUCGGUCGCCUUGUCUUUUUGCUCCGCAAAGAGACGGACGUGAACCUGGAAGUGUCGACCAUCUUUGUCAACUCGACCGUAUCGCGUAUUGCUGCGCUCAUUGACGAGCAGAAAGGCGGUGGCGAAGAGGCAGAUGGGCCGAUCUACAAUAUGGACGAAAAAGGUGCCGGCCUGCACUCGUCCUACCAUCUCGCGCACAACUACGCGAACGAGACCGACCCCGGCUUCUCGUCGCACAGCGAGAAAGGACGCAGCCAAACUCAUCCACUUGUCCUCUUUGUUCAGGCCAUUCCUUUCUUUUUUUUCUAUCCUCUCAAGGCCGCUUGGACCUGGACGGUUAUUCUUCAUGGUCUCGCCUUUUUUGCCUUUUACAUCGAGGACAGUUUCUGGGAGCGACUCGGUGCGUUGCUCGCCUCCAUUGUCAUUGCGCGUCUCAGCAGCCGUAUCAUCUGCCCAAGCGCUGCGAUUGCUUUCAAAUGGGUCGUCAUUGGCCGGUACAGGCCAGGAAAGUAUCCGAUGUGGAGUAACUACUACCUCCGCUGGUGGAUUGUCAACCAAUCGCUCCGCACGGGCGGCCGUGGCAUUUUUGCCAUUCACCCUGUGCUGGAAAGGAUGUACUACCGCCUGCUCGGCAUGUCGAUCGGCAAAAACGUCAAGAUCAGCCCCGAUGCCAAGAUUUACGAGUGCGACUUGAUUACCCUCCACGACCGGGCGAGCAUAGACUCCUGUCUCAUUCGUGGCUUUUGUGUCGAGCGCGACGGCUACUUUAGGCUCGAACCGAUUGUUAUUGGGCGUGACUGUGUGGUGAAUACCUACACGCAAAUCUCACCCGGCGCGCGCCUCGCUGAUGGCACCGUCUGGGGGCCGCAAUCCUCUUCCCACGAAGCGCCGUCGCCCGAUGCCUACGCUUCGUUUAACAGGAACGAUGUCGCGGAGCCCAACUUUUUACUAAAGUGGCUUAUCGGCUAUCCGCUGAUUAUCCUCGUUUCGAUUGUUGCCUACGUGCCUUGGUUUGCCUCGCUCUUCCUCCUAAUUGCUCAACCGUUCAACUUCCCCAACCACGACAGUUUGCAGGGCGUGAUUGCUUGGUAUGCUUGGCCCCGCCGUAUCGGCUACCACUUUUUAGCGCGUGUGGUGCGCAAGCUUUUGAUGCCGCUCGUGCACGUAUUCAUUAGCAUUCUGAUCAAGCGGCUCAUGGGCUUUAACCACGCCGGUUCGAUGCGCAAUGCUUCGCAAAUGGCCCUUUUCCGCCGCUGGCUAAACAGCCGCCUGCUCAGCCAAUGGCGCUUGCGCCAGGCGUUUGGUGUGCUUGGCACGCAUUAUGAGAUGACCUCGGUUGUGUACAGGGCGAUGGGUGCGCGCAUUGGAAAACGCGUCUAUUGGCCGGGCUCGGGCAUUCACUGCCCCGACCCAGAGCUGCUCGAGGUGGGCGAUGAUGUUGUGUUUGGCUCGCGCUCGGAAGUUUUUACCUCGGACACGAUUAGCUUUGACCCCGUCAGGAUUGGCCGCGGCGCAAUGAUUGCCGACCGUGUUGUGAUCCUUCCCGGCACGACCAUUGGGCGCCAGUGUGUGAUGGGGUCGGGUGCCUUGACUCGUCGUGGUGGCAUGUAUGAGGAGCGCUCUGUCUGGAUGGGCCAAAAGAACGGCGAGGCGGUCAGCUUUGGCAAGACGGCAGGCGGCGAAGACGAGCUUGGGGAGGAUACGACCCUGACGCCAUUCGGUCGCGCCUUUUACAGGCGCGAGGCCAACUACUUUGUCAUGCCCUAUCUCAUGCUCAUCUGCAUCAAUGUUUUGAUUCUUGCCGCAACCGCGGCGUACUGGGCCGGUGCAUUUGCCGCUACGGUUGUCGCGAUUAACAAGAUUGUCGUGACGUAUUCCGAUAGGUCCUCGUGGCUCUUUGACGACCACUGGUACCGACCCGCCUUUCUCUACUUGGCCAUUAGCAUCUUUUUCGUCGUCAUUUUGCCUGCCCAGGCCCUGAUUUCGCUCUUGUGGGUCAUUUGCACGAAAUGGAUUCUCAUUGGACGCCGCCGCGAGGGUCGCUACAAUUGGGAUAUGAGCAGCUACUGCCAGCGCUGGCAGCUGCAUCUUGCGCUGAUGCGCCCGGCACUGCAAGGCUUUGGCGGUUAUAUUUACCAGAACAUCUCGGGCACAGUGUUUGCCGUGUGGUACCUUCGUGCGCUUGGCGCUCGGAUCGGCAAGGACUGCAAUAUCUGGGCCGGUGGCAAGCCAUCGCUGCAGCUCACCGAGCCGGAUCUUGUGACGAUGGGCGACCGUGUCUCGAUUGACGACUGCUCGGUCGUCGCUCACAUCAAUUCGCGUGGUCAAUUUAGUCUCAAUCGACUGCGGAUCGGCGAUUCCUGUGCUAUGCGUACAGGUUCGCGUCUCUUGUCGGGUGCGAGUAUGGAAUCGCACUCGAUGCUGCUGGAACACACGCUUGUCGCUUCCGGCGAAGUUACCGAGAGCUGGGCCGUGUAUGGCGGCUGGCCUGCACGCAGGCUCAAAUUGCGUAGACCCCCGCAGAAAGCGUAA